AUGGCUUUCAAAGCUACGCUUCUGCUUGCUACUGUUCUCUUAGUUACUGCAAGGCUAUUUCCUUGGGAGGAUUGGGAUGAACCACCAUUUAAUAUCCCAAUCCCAAUACCGACACAAUCUCCACCACCGCCACGAUCUCCACCACCUCCAGCCAAAGCACCGGCUCCAGUUCCACCUCCAGCGAAAGCACCUGCACCAGCUCCUGUGUACCCACCCCCUUCGGCUCCGACUCGGAAAAAGGACGGAAAAAAGGACAGCGAUGAGUCCUUUUUCCCAGGAGGAGGCGUUAUCCCACCGUUCGUUCCCGUUCCGCCUGUCUUCCCAAUUGUACCGCCUGUUCCAAUAUCGGGCGGCGGAACCCGGAGCCCGAGCACAACUGGUCCCCCUCCCAGCACCAAACCGUCACCCUCACCCGACACCAAAACUCCAAACAACCCCCGUCAAUGCACAUGCGCUCCUCCAGUUCCAGUAGUGAAGAACCCUAACCCUAAUCCUCAGAUCAAGGCCCCGCCUGCUCCACCCUCUCCCAUCAAGUCCCCAUCCACUCCACCAUCACCACUUCCCAAAAGGGCAACGGCGCCGCCUUUACCUCCGAAGAAUAAGGAGCCACCACCUCCAAAGAAGAAGGCACCGCCUCCACCACCACCGUCGGACGAGGAGGAGGGAGCACCGGAGGAGGCACCAGCUCCCUCGCCAAAACCUCUGGGGAAAGCACCACCUCCAAUACCUCUAGCGAAAGCACCGCUGCCGCCUCCACCUCCGAAGAUUAAGGCGGUACCAGCUCCCUCCUCAAAACCUUGUCCGAAAGCACCUCCUCCGAAACCUCUGGUGGACGCACCUGCUCCGAAACCUAAUCGGGUGCCCAAAGCACCCGCUCCGAGGCCUAAUCGGGUGCCCAAAGUACCAGCUGCACAACCUCCACAAAAAGGACCUAGGAGACCUAAUGGGGGACGGAGAGCACCUGCUCCAAAAAUGGAUCGGUUGCGAAAAGCACCCGCCCCAGAACCGCUCGUGGAUGAACCGGCUCCGAUAUUGUUACGCUGA